AUGGUGUGCGUGUGUGUCGGAGACGGCGGUGUCGCAGUGGCGAGUGGCGGCGGAGUUGCAGAGGCGAGCGGCGGUAUCGUUGUAGUGGCGAUCGGCGGCGGUUUGCACAACGAAAUGACGAAAGUUAGAAACCCUCGUCGAUUUCCUACUCCCAGUUCAUCAGCCUCCAGUUCCAUCCGCUUGCGCCGGACUGCCUAUCUCCGUCGAAUUUUGUCCCUCGUCCACCAGAGCACAAGCUUUACGCCGGGCCUCAGGUGCGACUUUGGCAGUGCCAUCAUGUUUCCCAGCGGAGCCACUGACGUCAUAGAUGGCGGCGAUCUGGAAAUCGUAAUUUUAGAGAAAACAGUUUCUCAACCCUCUUCGUCGAUCCACCAUAGCCGCACGACGUCUUCAUCAGAUUCUUGUCCGAUCAACCAUGGCCAUAGCCGUGAAGCCGCGAGUUCCAAUCGCCGUGCAGCAAGGGAGAACCAGGGGGCCCGAACAACGGCAACUCCUUCUCCCUCGGGCGACGUUCGAUCAAGUCUGAAGCCAAGAGACGAGCCGUCGCCGACGAGCCUCCACCGCCGGGAUUUUCGAGAAAGGCAGACAUAA